UCCUGCUGUUUACUGGGAGGUCACUUCCGGUUGUAGCAUCUCGUGUGUCAUUGUAACAUAAACCAUGGCAGUGCAGGGUCGUAUUCUCGUUUACGGAGGCAAAGGUGCGCUCGGCUCCACUUGUGUUUCUUAUUUCAAGAGCAAGAAUUUUUGGGUUGGGUCAGUUGACAGGAUCGACAAUGACGAGGCCCACUUUAAUGUACAAGUCACUGGUUCUACUUUGCAUGAGCAAAACGAAGAAAUCUCAAAGAAACUCUCAGAAAGUCUUGGUGAGAACAAGUUAGAUGCCAUAUUGUGUGUGGCAGGAGGAUGGGCUGGUGGCAACGCUGGUUCUAAAGACUUCCUGAAGAGUGCUGAUGACAUGUGGAAGCAAAGUGUUUGGUCAUCUGUCAUCGCCUCUAGUUUAGCGGCAAAGCAUUUAAAAGAAGGUGGUCUUUUGACUCUUCCAGGAGCAGCACCUGCAACUGAUGGGACACCAGGUAUGAUUGGCUAUGGAAUGGCAAAGGCUGCUGUACAUCAAUUGACCAAAAGUUUGGCUGGUGACAAAAGUGGACUCCCUUCUCGUGCUGUAGCUCUGGCCACCUUACCUGUAGUCCUAGAUACUCCAAAUAACAGGAAAUGGAUGGCCAAAGCUGACCAAACGACUUGGACAUCAUUGGACUUUGUGUCUGAGCUCUUCUAUAAAUGGUGCAUGGACAAAGAACGCCCUGCCAAUGGAAGCUUGGUGAAAAUGGUCACCAAAGACGGGAAAACAGACUUGGUCCUUUGCUAAAUACUACUACAGGAAAACAGGCUUGGUUCUUUGCUAAGUACUGUGAUGGGUUUGCUCUCAAAUGGUUCACGAUAUAAUGGAAUAACCAACAUACCAGUAGCUUUACAAUUAUUUUCUGACAAUGGAGUCUGAAAAUUCUUUUCAAUGAUUGUGCAAUGUUUGUAAUUGUAUGCUAGAGGAAGUCUGUUGAUGUCACCUGAGUGCCUAGUUCUCAUUCCCUUCAUCUCCAUCAUACUGUUAAAUGAUUUUGUAAGGGAUUGCAUGUUAAAAAUUUGCUCCUAGUCUUAUCUAUUUUAGUCCUAUUUUACCCCUAUCUAAGCAAGAGGUAUCUUAUAUGAAUUUGCCUGUAAGCUGUGAAGUGAAUAGCACUGCUUCAUUAGUAGAGAAUCAAAUGGAAUAUAAGGAUAGAGGCAUAUAAGGUUGUGACUUCAUAUUGCUCCAUGUAACUGAUAGAAUUCUGUAUUCGUUAAUGCAUAACUUUAUGGCAAGAAUUUACAAGCUAAAGGUUCUGUUUGCCUUAUAGAUGAUCGUAUAUAACAAAAGAAAUUUAACCUUUUCUGUUACUAUAUUCCUAACUAAAAUACAUCCUCAUGUGUUUCAUUUCAAUUCUAAAAUAUAUUAUGUAGCUUACUAAAAGACCCUAAUUAUAUUAAUGUCUUAAUUUCAUUCAGUUUGUUCUCCUUUUCCCUCUGUUAACAGUUUUUCAUAUGGACUAAGCUCUGCCAUUAUCAUCUAAAAUCACUAAUUAGAAUAAGCAAAAGUAAAUAACCAUUGAGUUUUGUGUCAUGAAGAUGAACGAUUGAGUCUGCUUGCUUUCUUCUGAAGAUUUUGGGAAAGAGAUACAUUUGAAAGCUUUCUUUCCCUUUCAGUCUCAUUCUAGAAACCAUUACUUUUAACACUGCUGUCCAACAAUGUUCGCAUCGUUGGAAAUUAAACUGUCUACUUCAAAGUCUACCAUUUUAUUCACUGCAGAGUUGCUAUUACUAAAUAUGAGGCUUAUAUAAUUUUACAAAAAUGGACAAAUUGUUAUUGAAAUAUGGGAAAAUGAUAAAAGUAUCUCCAACAUUUGGAAGAAUUGAAAUUCUUGUCCAAAAAUGUUGGGCAGUGUACAGCAAGUGUUUAUCUAGUGAAAUCAUGCCAUCCAUCACUUACGCAGUUAAAAUAUUUACAUCAGAAUUUUGAUGUAAAUUUGAGUAGGUAAAUUUGGGCAAUCUCAGGUACUUUGGUCUUUUAUGAUAAUGGGUUAAGAAAAGGAUUUCACUGUUGAAAUAUAAAUUCUUCAAAGGCAACUAUUUUAUCUUUCCUGCUGCUAAUUAUUAAUUCUUGUUAAUUAUUGGAGCUGACAUUUUCAGAAACACCCCAGUAACUAUAUUUUCAUGCUAUUGUAGUUUAGUUGAUCUGUUACAUAUUUUCUCUCACUACUUUUUUUCAUACAUAUAUGACAAAACUACUGAAAAAAAACAAUUAGUGAAAAUCCAUGGUGGUUCACAUCUAAGAUUAUUUCAUUAAAAACAAGCUGAAAAAAGAAGAGAAAAUUUUAGAUUUAGAAACUUGACAGAAACAAUAUCUUUUAGGGGUUUGAUACAGAGAUGCAAUUUUGGUUUGGUUCAUUAGGUCUCAAACCUUCAUUAGCUAUAGAACUUUAUUUCUUGUUAAUGAAAGUAAAGAGCUUUUCUUUUCAAAUUGGGAUAAAUUUUGAUUUCAUAAAUGUUGAAGUAUUUAGGUUGUCACAGUGUUACAUAUUUUUCAAUGGUUAGUAUAAUCACUUGCUUUGUUUCAAUUCUUGUAUGUGUGUAUCUAUCUAAGAAUGUUUGUGUACAUACUACAUACAUAAACAAUUUCUGUUCCAAUUUGUCAAGAAUAAUUAUGUGUUACAUAUACUUGAUAAUUAAUGUGCCAAAAGUGUGUUUGCAGGCAUUUCUUCUUUGUGCUUCUUCAGCAUAUUAUUAUUAUUAGUUGAUAAAUAGUUUACUGUGGAGUAAUAAAACAUUGUUGCUUUGUGUAAUUAGUAAUUUAGUUCUUGCAAUUCUGGGCAUUAAAAAGAAAAUGUCCUAUAUUUGAAAUACAAAGCUGGAAUACUGAUGUUUGAAUUAACUCCACUGUCCCAACAAACAAUAAUUUGAAAGAUCAUAAAAAAAAUUCUCACACUAUUGAAGAGACAUGAUCAUUUGCAAGAGAAACAUUUAUGUUAUUCUUUCAGAAUUAUUUUUAUGAGCUCUGGUGUUAUAUAUAAAAAUAACAUCAAAAAUAUUAUAGACUUCACAUUCUAUUUUUUUUUUAUUUUUUUCAUGUAAUAAGUUUUUAAAGACAAAAUUGAAUAUAUUGUCUUCGAACCUUAAUUCCGUGGAAAUUCUUUUAUAUAAUAAUAAUAAUAAUUUUUAAAAAAAUGAUAAUUACAAUUUAUAAACUGUAUUUCUUUUUAUUGUGUACAUAGUCAGUUAUGUAAAUGAUUAUGAAAUUCACUUUGAGCUAGCAGUUUAGGAAAAAUAAUUCAAAUCUUUUUUCAGUUUUUAAUCAUGAAAAAAAACAUUGCAUAUCUGGCACAUACAUAAAGUUAUUAAAUAUGCUAGCCAUUAUCAUUAUUAUUGCUAAGGUGGUGAGCUGGCACAACCGUUAGCAUGCUGGGCAAAAUACUUAGCAUUUCAUUCAUCUUUAUGUUCUGUGUUCAAAUUCUGCCUAGGUUGACUUUACCUUUCAUCAUUUUGAGGUCGAUAAAAUAAGUACUGGUUGAAAUCCGGGGUCUAUGUGAUCGACUUACCCCAUUCCCCAAAAUUGCUGGCCUUGUGCCAAAAUUUGAAACUGUUAUAAGGCAGCGAGCUGGUAGAAUUGUUAGCACACCAGAACAAAAUGCUUGGCAGUGUUUUGUCUCUCUACAUUCUGAGCUCGAAUUCUGCUGGGGUCAACUUUGCCUUUUUGUCCUUUCUGGGACCGAUAAAAUAAGUACCAGUUGAACACUGGGGUUGAUGUAAUUAACUCCCAAUCCCCAAAUUUCAGGCCUUGUGCUUAUAGUAGAAAGGGUUAUUAAUUUUUAAAACUCUUUGUAAUAAAUUUAUUUUAAAGAAUGGUCUUUCAUUUUUCUUUGAGGGCAUAUCCAAACCACUAACAUGUUUUAUUGCCCCUCUAUUUUCAAUAUAAAUUACCCUCCUAAACAAUAUUAUACAUUCCGGAUUUUAUAUUAAAUCAAGUAAUUUAUAUUUUACAUUGACUUUCAAGAAAUCAUUUUCUCUAACUGAAAUAAAAGUCUCUUAUUUAUAUAAAAACUCUUCAUAUCUUGGAAAUAAAUACAUAUUUUUAAGAAAUUGUUAAUCCUUCAAUGUUGAAUUAAUUCAAAUAUUUCCUCUAUUUUCAUUGUAUGAAUCCUAAAUACUACUUGAAAAGAAAUAGACUGGUGCAUAUAUAUAUAUAUAUAUAUAUAUAUAUAUAUAUAUAUAUACAUAUAUAUAAGUAAAACCUCUAGUUAUGUUGAAAAGGGUUUUCCCUAUUCUACUGUCUGUGAAGAGUUAUAGAUUAUGCAAAAUAAAAAUAUAUAAAUUGUUCUAAAUUUGAAAGUUCAUCACAGUCAUUACUUGUAUUUUUCAUAUAGUUGUUAUUGAAAGUGUCAUGAUUACUGUUAACUGUGCAGUGAUGUGGAGUUAGCUGUUGCAGUGAAACUGUGUAGCUUCAAAAUUUGCUGUGAAAAAACGAGUGUUAUUUUUAUAGUUAUCAAGCAAAAUAAUGCCUUUAAAUAUUGCUGUCAGUGAAAAAUUUCCUGAUUUAUUGAUAUUUAGAAAAAUUUUUAUUAUUAUGGACAAAAUAAGUUUAUAAUAUUUAAUAAGGUAACACUGUAAAUCCACAUAACCCUGCUAAAUUUGGGCAUUAAUUAAGUUCAAUUAACUUAAUAUAAAUGAUUUAUCAUUAUCUAAAAUAAAUUUUUUUUUUUCUUUUUUUUUUUUACCUUCAAAUAAUUUGGCAGCUGAAUUCUUAAAUAUUGAAUAUAAUUUUCUUUUUCUUCAAUAUAACUUUAUUUUUACUUGUUUCUAAUUUCUGAAAAUGUAUAAGGUUGUUUUCAAAUAUUUUUAAUACAAUCCUUAAUUUUACAAUCUAAAUUACUGACAGUUGAUAUUUAAUUUUUCACUCAAUAUUUUUUGUUUUACUUAAUUUUUAUUAUUUUUCCGGAGGGACGACCAUUCUUCAUUAUUUUGUUCAAUCUGCCACUAAGAUUUUAUUCAAACUGAUAUUAAAUCAUGUUUUUCAAACUGCUGUUGUCUUUUUUUUUUUUAAGCAUUUUUAAAAUUGAAAUUACAAUUAUAUCAAAUCAUAAAAUCGAUCAAUUCACUCAGCUGUUGUUUUGUUGCUAAAUGUAAUUGUUCACCAAUUUGAUAAAAUUGAAAUAAGUGUGAUGGUGACUGACUUCUAUAGCAAAUCUUUGUCAAUAAACAGUGCAGCAUUGUUUCAUCAAAA